AUGUCCGUGCGCCAGAUAUUCUUCACGUCGGAGCAUGUGAGUGAAGGUCACCCCGAUAAACUAUGCGAUCAGGUGUCGGAUGCCGUACUGGAUGCAUGCCUUGAGCAGGACCCGCUCUCUAAGGUUGCAUGCGAGACGUGCUCAAAGACGGGGAUGGUGCUUGUGUUUGGUGAGAUCACAACGAAGGCUGUGAUUGACUACCAGAAGGUCGUACGUGACACGGUUAAGGAGAUCGGCUUCGAUAACACUGAGAAGGGGUUGGACUACCGUUCACUGAACCUGCUUGUGGCCGUUGAGCAACAAUCACCCGAUAUUUACCAGGGCCUCGGUGACUUUGGCGGGGAGAACCUCGGUGCUGGAGACCAGGGCAUGAUGUUUGGUUAUGCGACGAAUGAGACGGAGACACUAAUGCCACUCUCUUACGAACUUGCGCGCGGUCUUGCAAUGACAUACAGCGAGUUGCGACGCAAUGGUGGUCUUCCGUGGGCGCGCCCCGACGCUAAGACGCAAGUGACAGUGCAGUACGAAUAUGACACCCGCGGUGGCAAGCAGUUGCUGACACCUAAGCGAGUGGCUGUGAUUCUUGUUUCUGCCCAGCAUGACGACGGUGUGUCAAAUGAAACCAUCCGCGAGGACCUGGUGAAGAAGGUAAUCAGCACCACCAUUCCCGCGAAGUUCCUCGAUGAGAACACCAAAUAUCACUUGAACCCAUCUGGGCGUUUCGUCAUCGGUGGCCCACAUGGUGACGCUGGGUUAACUGGUCGCAAGAUAAUUGUUGACACGUAUGGCGGUUGGGGUGCCCAUGGUGGUGGCGCGUUUUCUGGCAAGGAUCCCUCGAAGGUGGACCGGUCGGCAGCGUAUGCUGCUCGCUGGAUUGCGAAGUCUCUGGUGGCCGCAGGUCUUGCAGAUCGGUGCCUUGUACAACUUUCGUACGCCAUUGGAGUUGCGGAACCGCUCAAUAUCCAUGUCGACACAUAUGGCACUGGUAAGCGCGAUGACGAGUAUAUAUUGGGUAUUGUGCAGAAAAACUUCCGACUGCGCCCGUACGACAUAAUCAAGGAACUUGAUCUUCGUCGGCCGAUAUACCGCCAGACUGCCUGUUUCGGGCACUUUGGGCGUGUGGACACGAACGGGAAGGGAGGAUUCACGUGGGAGGUGCCCAAAACACUAGAGGGUCUUAGUGACGUGCAGUAG